UUGAAUCAUACUUCAACACCACCACACAAGAUCGCCAUGUAUCGCUUCGACCCCAGCGAAGCCGACAUGUACAACUUCGCCCGCGGCGGCCGCCGCCCCAUCGUCCAGAGGUUCGACGAGUACUACCGAUGCUAUCCCCUCAUCAUGGCACCCGGCGCCGAGCGUCCCGAGCUUAACUACGGUUCCAAGAUCUUCCUGCCUCCUUCUGCCCUCGACAAGGUCUCGAAGCUCCACGUCCAGUGGCCCCUGUUGAUGGAGAUCAUAAACGGCGAGAAGGGCAAGCACUCCCACUCCGGUGUGCUCGAGUUCGUCGCCGAGGAGGGAAGAGCGUACCUGCCGCAAUGGAUGAUGGAGACCCUUCAGCUGGACGUUGGCGACAUGAUCCAGGUCAAGACCACCUCCCUCGAGCUCGCCCGCCUCGUCAAGCUGCAGCCGCAGUCCGUCAACUUCCUCGAUAUCAGCGACCCCAAGGCUGUGCUGGAGAAGGCAUUUAGGAACUUCGCCACUCUGACCAAGGGUGACGUCUUCAACUUCGAGUACAACGACGAGAUCUACCAUGUCGCCGUGCUGGAGGUCAAGCCCGAGACGGACAAGAUGGGUGUCUGCAUGAUCGAGACCGAUGUCGAGGUCGAUUUCGCCCCGCCCGUCGGUUACGUCGAGCCUGAGAAGCAACAACGCGGCAGCGGCACAAGCACCCCCCGCAGCGUCCGUGGCGGCUUGCCAGCCGGCGGUCUUCUGCACAGCCAGGGCAGCAUGGCCCAGUCCAUCAACUACAACGCCAUCGCCCCCUCCGCGACGACGACCAAUACCAAUUUCUACGGUGAGGGCCAGAAGCUCAACAAGAAGGGCAGCAAGGCGUCGACACCUAAGCCGGCAACUCCAAUCGCCGGUGCCUCUGCAAACGCACCUGCCGUGCCACCUUUGCCGCGCCGCUCAAACGGCCCCAUGCCCCUGCGCCUGCCGCCCAACAAGCUCUUUUUCGGCUACGAGAUCAAGCCCGUGAAGACGGAUGCCGAUAAGGAGCGCGAGAAAGAGGACGCUAACCGGCCUCACUUCGCAGGCGCGGGCCAGACGCUCAGAGGUGGUGCUGUCAAGCGGAAGGGCGAAGGCGAGGAGCAGCCCAAGGCACCCGAGAAGAAGGGACCCAUUGAGGGGCACAGACUGGAUGGCCGCAAGGCUUAG